AUGGUUACUCUCGACGCGUCUCCGAAUGCUAUUAGGACCCCUCGUAAUGGAAGGCGUGUUCUCAUUGUUGGCGGUGGUGUCACUGGAUUGACCACUGCCUGGGUCUUGCUAGAUGCGGGUUACGAUGUCACUGUUGUAGCAGAGCAAUGGGCGCCGGCAACGCCACGUAUCCCGUCUCAGAUCGUGCAGUUGUUUACGCAUGCUAGAUGGGAGUAUCCUCCAGCCGUCUGUGGGCAACACACCGACGCAACUUCUUUGGCUUUGUCCAAGGGCUGGUCACUGACAUCAUAUCGCAUUUUUGACCAGCUGAGCAAAUUUCUGCCUGCCGUCAAAAUGCGUACCGCCAAUUUCUUCUUCGGCAAAGCGAUUGAGGACAUGCCGGACCAGUUGAACAAGAUGCGAGAAAUUGAGGCCUCAUGUAUCAAAGGAUUCGUCAGGGACCCCGACUUGAUCUCGAAGCAUGCUGUCAACCAGCACGCUGGUGUUGUUGAUGCAUACUCGCAUUUGGCCCCUGUUAUCGACACAGAUGCAUACAUGGUUUGGCUCCGUAACCUAGUGGCGGCAAAGGGUGCCAAGCUGAUCACCCGACGUAUCAAUGGAGACCUGCUAAAUUCCGAGCACGAGUUACUUCGGACCUACGGUGCCGUGGCUAUUGUCAACGCCACAGGUCUCAACUCCCUAGAAGCCGCCAGUGACAAGGCCUGUUAUCCUUUGCGCGGUGCUUUGAUUCGUGUAGUCAACGACGGCAAGAGGUUUCCCAAAGUCAACGAAGCCUUGGCCGUAACCCACGACAACGAGCUCAGUGCUGACCAUGAAGAUAUAGUAUUUAUUGUUCCCCGAAAUGACAACAUUCUUAUCCUCGGCGGUAUUGCUCAACCUCACAAGUCGGAGCUUAACCUCAGUCUAGAUUCUCCCGAAAUUAAGCGCAUGCGUGAACGAUGCAAUAAAUUCGUUCCCGGGCUUGAACAUGCAGAGUACGAUCCGGAAGCGCCUUUCGUGCAAGGCCUUCGACCGACGCGCGUCGGGAACGUACGUGUUGAGCAAGAGCUCCGGCAGAACAAAUUGAAUGGCGGAAUUAGCCGUAUAGUUCAUUCAUAUGGACAAGGAGGGUCAGGCUUCUCUUUCUCCGUGGGGUGUGCAAUUGAUAUAUUGCACUUGAUUAAUGUUGUGGAACUUGCUACCAUGAAGUCGGAUGUGAGCAUGGAGUACCCAUUGGCGCGCGCCAACUUGUAG